AUGACUUUUUCUCGUGGACAGAACAGUGACAAUGGACUCCUUGGACUCGUCUUUACCUUACAUUCUUUCGUCUCUCUUUUCACUUUAAUAGUACUCAUUCUCUACAUCUACUCUACUCUACACUUAUCUCCACUUCUCAGUCCCCCUCCCCCAUCAUUGAGGAUGCUGAUUUUUCACCCGCUAUCUUGA